AUGGAUUGGAGUUCAUCCUCAUCGUCUUCGUCUGAUGACUUGGACAUAGAAGAGAUGUUCGUCAGCGACAAUGUCGACAACCUAGUGUUGGUGCAUCUCGUGAACGAAAUUGAGGCGGGCCUGAAGAAAAAGCGGCGCGGAUCCAUGGUCGGCCGGCUAUGCAUUCCCCGCAACCGAGCUCUCGACGACAAGAUGCUCAUGAAGGACUACUUCGCCGAGGUACCGACAUAUCCGGUCACCUCUUUUGUAGGUGAUAUCGAAUGCGUAGGUCCCUAUUCGUGCGCAUCAUUGAAGCUUGGGAGCAAAAUUGUCAUAUUUUCACUCGGCAUAGGAAUGUCGCCGGUUUUUUUGGCUUUAGUGCAUAUCAAAAAAUAUCGGCAACGACGAGAGUGA